GCAGGAGGAGGGACGGACCUGGGGGGGCGGGGGGGCGAGAGACACCGCGGACGGGCCGGAGGAGCGGCCGGCGACGAUCAGACACCAGACGUCAGAAAGCCCCUCGGACCCCAGUUCUGCCCCGGACAGGAGGGGGGCCGCUCCCUCUUGCUCCCCCAAAUCCGAUCCCGCGCCACCUGGACGAGAAGGAUCUGAAGCCCAUUUUCGAGCAGUUCGGCCGCAUCUUCGAACUGACCGUCAUCAAGGAUAAAUUCACUGGCGUGCACAAGGGAUGUGCCUUCCUCACCUACUGUGCCCGAGACUCAGCUCUGAAGGCCCAGAGUGCUCUGCACGAGCAGAAGACACUGCCGGGGAUGAACCGGCCGAUCCAGGUGAAGCCGGCAGACAGCGAGAGCCGUGGAGAAGACCGGAAGCUGUUCGUGGGGAUGCUGGGGAAGCAGCAGACGGACGACGACGUCAGGAAGAUGUUUGAGCCGUUCGGGAACAUCGACGAGUGCACGGUCCUCCGGGGCCCUGACGGCACCAGCAAAGGCUGUGCCUUUGUGAAGUUCCAGACCCACGUGGAGGCCCAGGCCGCCAUCAACACCCUUCACGGCAGCCGGACCCUCCCGGGCGCGUCGUCCAGCCUGGUGGUGAAGUUCGCGGACACGGAGAAGGAGCGGGGGCUGCGGCGGAUGCAGCAGGUGGCAAAUCAGUGGGGGCUGUUCAGCCCCAUCGCCCUCCAGUUCGGGGCCUACAGCGCCUACACCCAAGCGCUGAUGCAGCAGCAGGCGGCUCUGGUGGCUGCCCACAGCGCCUACCUCAACCCGGUGCCCAUGGCGGCCGUGCAGCUGGCCGGCCUCACUUCCAACGGGCUCAUCGCCACCCCCAUCACCCCCUCCUCAGGAACCAGCACGCCCCCUGCCAUCCCCGCCACGCCCGUGUCCGCCAUCCCCGCGCUGGGCGUCAACAGCUUUAGCCCGGUGCCCGCGCAGCCCCCCGCCGGACAGCCCGGCUCCGACGCCCUCUACACCAACGGCGUCCACCCCUACCCCGCCCAGAGCCCGGCCGCCCCCGUGGACCCCCUCCAGCAGGCCUACGCCGGCAUGCAGCACUACACCGCGGCCUACCCCACGGCCUACGGGCUGGUCAGCCCCGCCUUCCCCCAGCCGCCCACCCUGGUCGCUCAACAGCCCCCGCCGCCCCUGCCCCAGCCCCCGCCCCCGCCGCAGCAGCAGCAGCAGCAGCAGCGAGAAGGCCCCGAAGGCUGCAACAUCUUCAUCUACCACCUGCCCCAGGAGUUCACGGACUCCGAGAUCCUCCAGAUGUUCGUCCCCUUCGGGCAUGUCAUUUCCGCCAAGGUCUUCGUCGACCGGGCCACCAACCAGAGCAAAUGUUUCGGUUUCGUGAGUUUCGACAAUCCGGGCAGCGCCCAGGCGGCCAUCCAGGCCAUGAACGGCUUUCAGAUCGGCACCAAGCGGCUCAAAGUCCAGCUCAAGCGACCCAAGGACGCCAACCGACCCUACUGAGCGCGGGUGGGUGUCCGGGGGCGGCCAGGACCGACACCCCCCCACCCCACCCCACCCUCUCACCUCCCCGUGCCCCCGAGGACGCUGGGUGAGGCCCGCCUGGAGGGGCGAUGCCCACUGGGCCCCCACGCCCCUCUCAGCCCCUACAUCUUGACUCCUGCUUACCCGCCCCCCCCUCAAGGCCCAACGUGCGGUGGAGGAGGGACCCCCGGACCUCCCGGAUCCCCCGGACCUGUCCCCCGACCCCCCGCUCGCCACCCCACCCGCCGACGUCGGCUCUAAAUGGGGAAGAGGGGGCUCGUGCGUUUAGGCGGGCAAGGGUCCUACCCCCCACCCCCAACACCUUUAAUGCCCCCACCCAAAACUCCAGCGAAGAGGCUGCCCCCCACCCCUCCCCGUCGGGCUGCCUGGGGCGGGGGUCCUGGCCGCCCCUUCCCCUUCCCCCGCCCCAUCCCGGGGCCCCAAAUCCCCCAGCCUAGAACUCACUGCCUCUAAAUCCCCCAAACCCCAACCUGGGCUGCUCCUCUCCCCUUCCCCCCACCCCCGACCCCCGAGGAGAAGCCCCCCCCCUUAAAUAAUGUUUACAGUCGCUUUCCUUGUAAAUACCACGUCCGUCCUCUCUGUGGCGAUGGGGAAGGGGGGG